GUCACUUACCUAUUAGUACUCACAGUAUGCAGCCGCCCUUAAGCCGACCAAGUAACUCCCCGCUGAAAAAUGGAUCCAAUAGCUUCGGUCGCUACUAACUCUCCCUGUGAUCUCGACCUCCCGAGUCUACGUUCUUCCGCACCCAAGCUUCAGAGCCCCCGUCCUUACACUCCCACCAUUUCCAGCCACAAGCCAAGCUCACCUCCUCCUGUACUGAGUUCAUCGCAUUCAAUCUCACCUCCGAGCUCUCCCCGGUCAAUCAGAUUGACCGAGUCAGACUCGGAUGCAGAGUAUGAUCUUCCUGUGACACCAAGUUCUACGCAUCCCUAUCUCCCGUCACUGUCUCUCCAAGAGAAGUACCACUUUGAGACAAUGUUGCUCAGACAUAUCUACGACGACAGCGACUCAUUGGAACCUAUGAGCCACGAGUCGAAGCAGACGUUUCUAAAAUACGUAGAGGGAAUGAGCGCUCACUCCUUCCGUUGUGUUGUCCAUUACAAGGAGGCCGUUCGCGAGUUUCUUCGUAUGGAAUACUAUGCGAAACAAUGGCAGGUCGAAGUAUCGAACAGGCUGGAGACUGUCUUGACAUCAUUGUCUUGUGAUGCAGAGGGCAGGUUCCGUAGGGCAGAGAAAGAAUCACAAUGGUUACUCAAUGUGUUACUCGACCGGGAGUCACUGUCUACUGCUCACGGAGAUCCCGAAGCUCUUGUUGUCUCUUGCAAUGAAAGCAGGAAGGCUAUCCAUAGUGUUGACGACGAGCUCAGUGUUUUAAAAUGUCGAAAGGUGCAGGAUGCCGACAUAUCGAAUGCCAUCUGAGCCCAUGCAUGAAUAGAUGUACCCAGCUAUAUGACCGAUCUGAACUACCCUCGUGCCUCGUUUUUUGCGCUUUUUUGUACAUUAGUGUCACAGUUUCAUAAGUGAAUCUUUUCCUAUCGCAGACAUCUUUGAUUCAAUUGAAAUGUAUUGAAAAGAAGCUGAUUCCUGGGACCACUUUUACCCACCAUCUACAAUGCAACCUCCUGGUUACCAUGAGGAGCCGUAAAAUGGAUGAAUUAAUGUAGUAUUAUACACAGAGCUACACCCGAUAAAAGUCGGUAUUUACGCAUA